UUUGCCAUUACCAAAAACAAAAAACAAGCAAUCCUCUAAGGCGUCUCCAGCGUUUCUCGCAGUCGAUGAACCCCCCUGCCCGCUUCCCGAGAUCCUCUUCCGGGGAACUGCAGGCACUGAAGGACGCGCUCCGUCACCACCAACCCGAACCUAGUCCCUCCUCCCCAAGGUAGACACACACGCGCGCGCGCGCUCGCUCACUACCACCUUCUUUUCUUCCAUUCUCUACUCCCCAUCUUCCCGCCUCGUCGUCCGGCAAUCCAUCACGUUACACCAACGACCCGGUGCAUCAACCAACCAACCAACCAACGAACCAGCAACACUACAGGUCCAGCACUACACAGUAACCAAGCCGGGGUCCAGACCUUCCAUCGACUGUCGCCCGAUCUUCUCCUCUCCUCAUUUUUCUCCCGAUCCUUCUUUCCAUCCUUACUCCUCCUCGUUUGCUCUGUCGCAAAGUCACACAGACACACGUCUCUGUGCUUGUGAUUACUUGCGCCCAUUCAGCUUACUGCUCACACCCCCGUCAACCCCCCGACGAGCUGCACAUCACCACCAAGACGGUCCCAGGCGAUGGCACGAAUCAUCGCGACCUGCUAGACCACUGCGCAUACAUUUGCUCCCCUUCCCUUCCACCCACGUUGAGGCUCUGACAAAAUGGGCUGCUGCGCUUCCCGCCUCGACGCCGACGGCCCGUACCCGGAUCCGACCAACACGGACUCCGCGCGAGCCACUAACCGCGCCGUCGCCGCAACCUCUGGCUCCCGCGACGCCUCCGCCGCCGAGACCACACAGACCUCCUCGGGCCGCCGCCGCGGCCGCCACUCGCACAUGCCCCUCGACAAGCACAUCAACAAGCCCCUGCGCCGCCACGUCUGGGCCUCUAAGGGCCGCGCCUGGACCCGCGCCGCUCUCGACCGCGAGCGCGCCGACUUCUUCGACACCCGCGUCACCGGACGGCCCGAGGUCUGGCAGUCCCUGCGCGCCGCCCUCGAGGUCCUCUGGGACCCCGUCGCCCAGGGCGCCGCCGCCGACGGCACCGACGGCCUCGCCACCGCCCAGGGCAUCCUCGAUGCCGCCGAGAUCACCCUCCCCACGGGCGACCUCGCCCAGGGCGCCUACGACCAGCUGGGCAACUACUACCCGCUCUCCGAGUGGCUCGUCGCAGACCCCACCAACCUCGUCGAGGACGACGUCACCGUCGCCGACGAGGCCCUCUCCACCGCAGACCUCAAGGACGACCUCGCCGGCGGCGACGAGACCACCGAGGACCUCGACGAGGACGACAACCUCCGCCGCAGGGAGGAGAAGGGUAAGGCCGUCGUCGACGCCCGAGACCAGCUCUCCGUGCUGGCCCGCCUCAGCGAGACCGCCCGCGACGUCACCAUCAGCUUCCUCAAGUCGGACACCGUCAGAGUCGUUGCCCGAAAGAUCCAGGAAGAGUCAGGCCUUGCCACCGCCAAAAAGGUCCGCAUUGCCUACAUGGGCAGGAUUCUCAAGGAGAACCUCUCCCUCGUCGAACAGGGCUGGCAGGAGGGUCAUGUGGUAAAUGCCCUCGUCUUCGACCGAUAGCAUCAUCGGGGACAGUCUCCGAUGAUUCAGUGCGCGCCCUGGUUGUUUGUCAGCCUGCGCGUCGUCAGGACUCGCAUCAGAUCCAACCCCCCUAGCCCUCUUUCCUCGCCUGCAGGCGCUGGGAACAGCGAGGAGUGAGGGAGUGUGCUGGCCGCUGCCAAGUCUAAGCAGCGUGCCACAGACAUUAGGCGCGCACUUGAACGGCACUCAUACUUCAUCAGAAGCUGUCUGUGCCUGACAACUCUCAACCUACACACCAUACACCCCUUUCAGCGCUCUCUCACAUGUCACAUGGACUUCUUAUAUCAGUACACCUUGUCCUUUGGUCUGAUCUCUGUUCCCCCUCUCCUAUCUCUCUCUCUCUCUCUUUCUCUCUCUCUCUCUCUCUCUCAGAGUCUGGACAAAUACCCCUUUCAUUGCGGUCCAAGACUCUUUUUACUCUGUUGUUUUUUUGCUAGUUUCCUGGCUUCUUUGUUCAGGUAAAUGCGGCGUUGGCAAGGAUGAGGGAGAUAUGGAAGCCUUGAUCCCUUUCAUCCUUAAAUGUUGUUGAUUUGGCUAGCCAUUGCAUGGCGUCUGUUUGUUAUAAAAAAAGUCACGUCACUGCAAGAGUUUGUAAUUCUCCUCUCUUAAUUCUCUCUAGUUCUUAAUAGUGGUCACUUUAACCAGUCUGAUCUGCCACUCUCCGGGUAACUUGAAGGGAGGCAUAGGGGUCCGCUCAGGACUAAUAAUACCAAGAUGUGUCUCAUCCCA